UGUCGCUGUAAUAGUCGCUGUUAUAAUACAGAAGAAGAAGACGGCGGAACUACGAAUGUGCGUUAUUUCAUUUUUAUACCAUUUAAUUUAAUUAGAAAUUUAAGUAAUUCAACAAUAUGCGUGUGUGAAAUUAAUGUAAUAAUAAAAACCAACAAGGGACCCACGGCACAGCGUGUACAUGGGAAAAAAUUGACGCGAAAUAUAACUGCCAAAAACAACAACCACAGCAGCAGCGACCAGCACACCAACAACAACAGCAGCAGCAACAACAACGCAAUUGUGAUAGACAAAGAAAUAGAUUAAGAAGGGGAAAAGGAAACAGCAAAAAGCCCAACAAAAUAAUAUAACGCAAAACAAAAACAAAACGCAACAUAUUUAAAUAUUAAGCAUAUCGCGCUAGUUUGGGCAGCUUUAACACAUUGUUUUGAUUUCUUUUUGAUACGCAACGAAAAGUGAUACAACAAAAAUAAAGAAAAAAGCAAUAAACAGGCAAAAGCAAUGUGGUAAAAAAUAAAUAAGAAUAUACAUAAUUAGAGGAAAUGCAAAAACGCUGGCGCUGACGCUAAGAGACAAGAAAAAGACGAAGAAGGAGAAGCUAAAGCUGGCCACCAGCAGCUUUUGUUUUGGGCUCCGACGUCAACGUCGCUGCUGCUGCUGCGGACACACACAAACAAACACUCACACACAUACAGGCACACACAGCCACAGCUGAUGUCAAAUCAUUCGCAGCGUUCGUGUUCGUGCUCGUGAGCGUUUUCAAUUGAUUAAAACCAAAACACACAUAUGUACACGGACAGACCACAAACAAACAAACAAAUACAAUCAUACAUAAACACACACAGGCCAGCCAUUGUGAAAAUUGAUUAAAGAUUACAAGCCUCUCAACGCUAGGUGGCAGCUCCACGCAAAUCAAACAAACAAACACACACACACACAUGCACAUGCACUUGCAUGAACUCGGAAAGCAUUAGCACUGCCAAACAAAGAGGAGACAAGAAGAAGAAGAAGAAGAAGCAAAGUGUAGCAGUAGGUGGCGGAGGAGGAGGAGAGCAACCGUUGAAGCCUAAACCCUCACCGACAGCUUCUGCCUCAUGAUGUUGUACGUAUUCCAUGUGGACGUCGGUCGCAUGCUGAGCUUCGAUAUGACCGUUGCUCUGUCCUCGGUGGAGAAUCUUAAGGAGACAAUACAACGGCUACACGGCCUGCCUGCUGCCAAUAUUGUGUUGCUGGUUAGCGGAGGCGAGAUGCUGACACACUCCACACAGGUGUCCUGCUAUUCGGCGGGCACCGAUACGAAUCCAAUUUUUAUGUUUCUCACCGGCGACGAGCGGCUGGCGCCAACGAUAGCCAGCGGCAGCGGCGGCGGCGGCGCUGGUAGGACAGCCAGUGAAGUGAUAGAUGCAGAACUGCGACGCCAGGUGGAGGAGAAUCAGCCCGCUGUACUGGAGACGGUGCGUCAACGUGCAACGCUGGCGCAGCACUUGCGCGAACUGGGCCGCAAAGAGGAGCUGUUGUGCGAGCGUCUGGUGCACGAGCAGCAUCUGCAGCAGCAGGGCUGGUCCGCGGUGGUGGCCAACAUGGAGGACCUGACGAGCGAGUUCAGUGAGCGUUUUCACAACUUCUGUCUGGCCUUCGAUCGACAUCUGGAGCAGCGCGAGAGCUACCUGGAACUUUUGCGCAACUUUGGCGAUGAUCUCAAGCAGCUGGCGCGCAUACCCAUAUUGCCGGCGCUGAUGACGCUGGCCCAGGCCGAUUUCCAUGGCUUUGACGAGCUACUCGGCAACGACAACGACAACGUUGACGAAAACGUUGGGCAGCCGCAGCCGAAAACGGAGACUGAGGUGGGUGAUUCCGGCGAGGCGGGCGAUUGUGUGGAGAAGAGUAGCAGUAGUACAUCGCCCAACAAGAAACUGAAAAUGGGCCACGAGCAAGAGGAUCAAGAGGAAACCUCCAACCCAAAGCAACAGCAGCAGCAGCAGCACCAACUCAAUCUGCUACAGUGGAUCAGCUCGAAGGGCAAUCACGCGGCGCUGCAGCAAAUGUGCGAUGAGUGCGUCCAGGGCCUAGACACCUUCUCCCUGGAAAUUUACGAGAAACUGAAGCUCGAGGUGCAGAACAUCAUCAAGAGUGCCAAACAGAGCGACGUCAAGGAGAUCAAAGGCCUGAGCGAUCGUCUGUACCGUCUCGACGAGUUCAAGUAUGAAAUACGCAAAAUCGUGCAGGUUCAACGGGAACAGGCCACAGCGUUCCAACAAAAUGAGACCCGUGCGGUGAAUCUGCGCGAUAAUUCGGUGCUGCCCGAUUUGUGCCUCUCGCAUCGCUCCCAGCUGAUGGUGAUGCGAGAUAAUCAUAUUAAGAUACGCGAAUAUAGUCGCUGUAUAGCCAACUCCAAGGAGGAGCUGGGACGCAAUCUGAACACGCGUCUGCGUCGCAUCGUUUGGAUCGAAAACGGAAUGAGUGAGUUCGACAAUCGCUUGCUCUUUUAUCUGCGCUGCCUGCGGCGGGCCGAACGCCACAUUAGCAUCAUCGAGCAGAUACAUCGGGCGCCGAGCACCUAUGUGGCGGCCGUCACGGAGGUGGUGCGUCGGAAGAUUUUCUCGGAUGAGUUCCGUUUGUGGGCAUCUCGGCUGUCUGUUGAUUUCGAUCGCAUCCACAGCGAGGAGAUGGAGCGGCGGCGUCUCUUCAACGACAGCUUCGAUGGCCACUUUUUGAAUAUUCUAUUUCCGGGCAUGGCAGAUAUGCCGCCCACGUUUGCCAAUGAGCAUCCCGAGCUCAGCUUCGACACACGUCUGCCCCAGCUGAGCUGCUCCGAUAUUGAACUGCUCUCCGUGCAGCUGCCUGACCUAGCCACGCAGCUCCAGCUGCCGGACAUGGCGCCCGUCCUGCAGUUCUUUGAGCAGCGGCACAAGACAGCAGCACAACCGGAGCAGAUGGAACUGGCGCCAACAGCUGUCUGUCAGCCUGUCAGCACACAAACCGUGAGCACCUCCACCAGUCAGAAUGUGGAGCAAGUUGCGCGCAGCACCGCCACGGAACAGCUGCUGAUGCUCAGCGCCAGCACGCUGACGGAUGACAAUGCUGGCAGCGAGCAGCGGCUGCGCGAUGCCCUCCAGGAUAUGUCCAAGCUGGCGUUGCAGUGCGUGGCCACGGCGCGCUCCAAUCUGAGCACCCUGCGCAAUGAGCUGAGCCGUGGCCACCAGGAUGAGCUGCAGCUGUUGCAAGACAAGUGGCAACUGCUGCGCAUGCAGUGCGAGCAGCGGGAAAAGCAGCAGGCGGAGCAGCUGGAGGAAUUGCGUCAACAACUGCUGGCGGCGGACCACGACAAGAUGACGGCCGUAGCGCAAGCACGCGAGCAGCUAAUACACGAGCACAAAACGGAACUGGAGUCGCUGCGCUGCCGCUUCAAGCUGAUGACCUCGAUGGAGCGUUCUCCGUCGGACAGCAGCCUGGAGAAGCUGGAGCGGCCCACAAGCAGCGCCAGUGUGGCCAGCCUGGAUGUGGAACAGCUCCUGGUGCAGCAGCGACAGGAGUUGCUCGCCCAACGAGAGCGCGCCAUCAGCGAAGCUGUCGAGGCGGAGCGCGCUCUCUGGCAGUCGCGGCAACAGUUCUUGCCACUGAACUCAGAAUCUGUGAUGGCGAAUGUGUCCAUAUUGAAGGACGUUCUGGAGGACAAGGAGCGCCAGCUGGACUUACUGCGUGAACAAAAUCAAUUGCUCACACAGGAGAGCUACCAGCUGAAGACACGCCUCGAGAUGCUUACCAAUGAGGAUGGCAACAGCUGGCUAAAGGAGAAGAUCGACUAUCUGAGCCGUGACAAGUGCCGUCUGGAGGAGGAGCUCAGCCAGGAGAAGAGCAAGCGACUCGAAAUGGAGUCCAGUGUGGCUGCAAUGAGAAGUUCCACUUAUGAGCUGGGCGCUGCAGGCAUGACCGGCACACUGACGCGCUCCAAGUCAAGUGGCGGCGGCGGCGGCUCGUCCUCGUCGAGUCAUCGCCACAUCACGCUCGAGGGCUGCACCAAGGGCGAUUUGGUGUUUGUGAUUUGGAGCAUGCGGCAUGGACAGUUCAUGGUUGUCCAGGAUUCGCUCACCCUCUAUUUUGUGCAUGCGGACAGUUUGCCCGCUCUGCAGCUGACGGCGCCUACGACGACGGCAUCUUCUUCUCUGCCGCCUGGCGCCGAGGGACCGCUGGCUGUCGCGGAACUGAAUCAGAUACCGCUGCCCUACUACGCCAUCGGGCGCAUCAUCGACAAGGAGUACUGCCAGGCGCGCAAGGACGAGAACCGUUAUCGUGUCAGCAAGGGCUCUAAGUUCUAUCGGAUCAAACUGGCGCCAUUGUCCUCGCGAUAUCCGUUUCGUCGCGAGCGUUUGGAAUCAGCAAGCUCAGUCGGCGUUAUUAGCCGCUGGCAGCUGGCGACGGCGGUGCGAGAUGUGAUUGAUGCGCCCGGUUCAACGAGCAUUGCUGGCAGCAGCGUCUAUCAAAGCUUCAAGGAGCGCACGGUGAGCAUCUCUAGCGUUAACGAGGAGGAGGACGAGUCGGCCUCUCUGCUCAGCGAGCGCUGUCGCUACAUCAGCGUUAGUGAGGAGGAUGAAUUGCUGGCGCUUGCUGCUGGCGGCGGCGGCGGCGGCACAGAAUCAACAAAAGCGAUAGCAGCAGCAGCAACAGCAACAGCAUCAACAAAAGCAGCAACAGCAACAAUAACAGAAACGGCAGCAGCGACGGCAACUCAAGCACAGUCUGUGAUAACAGAGCAGCCAACGGCAUCAAGAAAACUAAAGUUGGAUCUACUGUUGGCCUCUGCUGAUAUAAUAACACAAUCCCUAACACAACAACAACAACCACAACAGCAACAACCGCAACAGGCGAAGGAGAGUGAGAAGAAAUCAAAGGAAGCUGCACAGUCGGAGCCUGUGGCGGACAACACGACAACAACGAUUACUACAAAUGUACCCAAUCCUGUUUCGGCUGCAAAUCUAAGCGAACUGGCCGAAGAGCCAGUCAAUAUCUAUGUAUCCACAGCAGCAGUAGCAACAACCACAACAACAAUAACAACGGCAACAGUUGCCGAUGUUGUUGUUGUCGUGGAGCCAAUUGUAAACACAGCGGCAAUAUUACCAAGAUCAAUUGGUACGGCAACCAUUAGCGAGGAUUCCGAUGAGUAUCGCUCGCUGGAGGGCAAGGAUGAAGCCGAUGAAGAAUAAUACAAUUUUUUAUAUAUAAUUAUAUAUAGGAUGUCCUAAGGCCGUAGAUCACGGCAUAGAAAUGGCAACAGACGUCGCGACGUGUUUAUUUAGGCUAAAACUCUUACUAUUUAUAUAGGAAUCGCCACCUUCCCCCGCCACCCCAACCCACAACUUACGCCUUUGACAAGUGAGCCACAGUGGAGACGAUGGCGAAACACACACUCACACACACAAGAAAUUCACAUAGCACAUGAAGAAGAAAGUUAUAUACUUAAAUAAUUUAAUGUUUACAAAUUCUGCAAAUGGAAAAAAACAAAAAAAGAUAAUGAAACUAACGGCUAAAGUUCUAUUAUAGUUGUCUAUAGUCUACAUCUGUAAUGUAUAAUCUUAUAUCACAGCUGUAAAUGAGUUCGACUAAAGUCCCACACACACACACACAAACAAUUUUUAUUUCAAAUAAAAAUGACCACAAAAUCAAAUAAA